AUGGUGGGUGGAAGGAACGUUCCUAAGCUGGGUCGUAACUUCGACCUGUCACCUGCGGUGUCGAGGUUUUCAGCCGCGAGAAUGUAUCUGAGACGUGGAGCGAAGAGGCCACUUGCGAAGAAGGCCGAUGAGCCCCUCAUGCUUCCUCUUCAACGAACUGGACCAAAGUUCAAGCUUGGGCAUCCCAAGAAGGUUCCUCUCAGAAAGUCACUCGUCCCAGGAACUGUGCUUAUUGUUCUCGCUGGACGUCAUAAGGGAAAGCGUGUUGUUUUCUUGAAGCAGUUAGAGAAGUCUGGCUUGUUGCUCGUAACCGGUCCUCACAAAUUGAAUAACUUCCCUCUGCGAAGAAUCGCUCAAGCCUUCGUGAUCGCCACUAAAACCAAGCUCGAUGUAUCUGGAGUGAAGAUUCCGGAUCACAUCAAUGAUGACUAUUUCAAGCGAAAGACGUUAUCUGGCAAGAAAGGAGAGAAUAUUUUCGCUGCCGGAAAGGUUGAAUACCAGGUUACUGAGCAGAGAAAAACCGAUCAGAAAGCAAUUGAUGCACCAAUCCUAGCCGCUAUUAAGAAAAACCCUGAACACAAGUUCCUCUUCGGUUAUUUGGGAUCGCGGUUCAUGUUGGGUAAGAGGCAAUAUCCUCACAACAUGGUGUUCUAA